AUGGCCGUGGAAGAGGCUACGUUUACUUCCGGCUACGGCAUUCAGACCCAAGCUAUAAGGCGCCGUGGCCUACUUUCAGCUACAGAGCCAGACGAGAAAGACAAUAUUGAGGAGGAGAGGAUAAAGUUAGGCAAAAGUAAAUCGGUAUGGCAUCACCUCGAUGAAUGGGAAAUAGUGAUUGCGCCCACCGUAUUUACAGCUCUUGCGUUUUUUACACGACUCUAUAAAAUUGGCCUAUCACCUAUUGUGACAUGGGACGAGGCACACUUUGGAAAGUUUGGGUCCUAUUACCUGAAGCGAGAAUUCUACUUUGAUGUACAUCCACCACUAGGAAAGAUGCUAGUCGGUCUAUCCGGAUAUCUAGCUGGAUACAACGGAUCAUUUGAGUUCAAGUCGGGGGAGAAAUAUCCAGAAGAGCUAAACUAUACCUUUAUGCGAGCAUUCAAUGCCUUAUUUGGUGCCAUAUGUAUUCCUCUGGCUUACUUUACAGCUCGCCAGCUAAAUCUAAAGCGCCCAGCAGUGUGGCUUACAACACUGAUGGUCCUUUGUGAUAAUUCCUACACCACAAUCGCAAGGUUUAUCCUAUUAGACUCUAUGCUACUCUGCUUUACUCUCACAACAAUUCUUUGCUGGGCAAGAUUUCAUAAUCUUCGGCACCAUAGUUUCAGCUUAGAGUGGUUCACAUGGCUCUUCCUAACUGGCCUCAGUAUUGGAUGUGUGUGUAGUAUCAAGUGGAUCGGACUAUUCUGCACUGCUCUUGUCGGGAUUUACACCAUAGAAGACCUCUGGAACAAAUUUGGUGAUAUAGAUAUGCCAAAGUCUACAUUAGCAGCUCAUCUUGCUGCAAGAAUAUAUGCUCUAAUUGUUAUACCGUUACUUGUUUAUAUGCUGUCAUUUGCCCUUCAUUUUAAUAUACUUGAGAAUAGUGGCCCAGGAGAUGCCCAAAUGAGCUCAUUAUUUCAAGCCAACCUUCGGGGUACUUCAGUCGGCAAAGAAAGUCCAAUAGACAUAGCCUAUGGGUCUAGAGUUACAAUUAAGAAUAUGGGAUACGGUGGGGGACUUCUACAUUCUCAUGUUCAGACUUAUCCCGAAGGAUCAAACCAGCAGCAAAUUACGUGUUACCAUCACAAAGAUUCCAAUAAUGAAUGGCUGUUCUAUCCGAAUCGUAACGAGCCUGAAGUGGAUCCCAACUCACCACUCAAGUAUGUUGCUGAUGGUGACAUGCUACGCCUGAUUCAUUUCCAGACGGGGCGUAAUCUACAUUCCCACGAAAUUCAUGCGCCAGUCACCAAAGAACAUCGUGAAGUCUCUUGUUAUGGUAACACAACCGUGGGUGACGAUAAAGAUCACUGGAAUCUUGAGGUUGUAAAAGACGUAUCAUUCAGCGACCGUUCCAGAGUUAGGACGUUAACUACGGCUUUCAGACUCAAACACACUAUCCUGGGCUGCUAUCUGCGCGCUGGAACCGUCAGCCUACCGCAAUGGGGGUUUAAACAAAUCGAGGUGACUUGUGAUAAGGCCAACAAGCCGAGGGACAUUUAUACACAUUGGAAUAUCGAGGCUCACUGGAAUGAUAAACUUCCUCCUGCCAACGCCAAGGCCUACAAAUCUCCAUUCUUCCAAGACUUUAUUCACCUGAAUGUAGCUAUGAUGACUUCAAACAAUGCUCUAGUGCCAGACCCCGACAAGCAGGAUGAUCUUUCAUCUCAAUUCUGGCAAUGGCCAAUAAUGAGUAUUGGUCUACGUAUGUGUAGCUGGGACGACUCGAUAGUAAAGUAUUUUCUCCUUGGAAAUCCAUUUGUGUACUGGGCAUCGAGCGCUUCACUCAUUUCUGUCGGUCUAAUACUUGCAUGGUACCUAGUCCGGUGGCAGCGCGGUUACUGUGAGCUAGACCAAGAUGAAAUAGACCAAUUGCAUUACGCAGCAAUUUAUCCAGCUCUUGGAUGGCUCUUACACUAUUUACCGUUUAUUGCAAUGGCACGAGUCACCUAUGUUCAUCAUUAUUAUCCUGCUUUAUACUUUGCGAUCUUGAACCUUGGCUUCUUAUCUGACUGGGCAUUAAGAAGGACGCGUAAAAAAAUACAAUACACGGCAUUUGCAAUCUUAUACACAAUAACUAUUGGGCUCUACAUCUACUUCAUGCCAAUCUCUUGGGGAAUGAUCGGUCCCAGCAAAAACUACAGAUAUUUGAAGUGGAUUGAGACAUGGAGAGUAGCUGAUUAG